AUGCUCUCAGCUUACGGCUCCUCGCGACAGUCUGCGGGUCCCGUCCGGCCCGUCAAGCAAGGCUGGAUCGGCAAGCGAGGAACCGGCCUCAUCAGCAGGUUUCGUGUCAAGGAUGUCUACGUCGUCCUGCACGGUGAGCCCCAUCCCAUUCUCUACAUCUACGAGCGACGGGACCAGACCGGACCGGCCAAGCACGAAAUUACGCUGCCUGAGGCCUCCAUCGAGCUCCCAGACGACGCGGACAGCUCCAGGAAGAAGUACUACCAGUUCUGCUUGAGAACGCGCGAGCGCAACUUCAAUUUUGCCGCCCCAACGGUCCGCGAGCGUGACGACUGGAUCCAUCUCCUCAAACAGUACCUGCACGGGCCGAUUGUCCAUCGCGGCCUCAAGUCCAAGUCACGCAUCGACCCGCUCCGCGGCAAGAGCGAUGGCUCCGCCCACCACGACUCCUCUCGGCCCCAGAGCUCCGGCAUCUUUCACAGCCAGAGCCAGCCUAACAUCAAGGCCCCCAGCCAGAACCCCUUCCAGCGCUUCAGCACCCUUUCGAGACCCAGCCUGUACAAGGAGCGCGACGACACUGUUUCCACUUACUCUCGAGACGACCGCUCGCUCUACUCGGCUGCUUUGGGCUCGACCGCGUAUGACGAGGAAACCGACAUCCGCAGCAUCAACUCGACUUUCGAGACCCUGUCUCUGUUCUCAGAGCCCGUUCUCACGCCCCAAGACCUGGCCCAGAUGGGAAGCAUCACCGUGCAAAAAGAGGAAAGUCCUCUGAGGAAGCGCAAGGAUCCCUACCACCUUGACAGCCAGAACGCCCUGCCUGAGAACUGGAACGACAAGUACCAGCGACUUUUGUCGCUGUUUCCGGAUGAUACGGAGAGCCGACUCAAGCUAGAUCUCCAGAUCGUGGAAAUGGUCGGCAACUUCCAGGAAACUGCCAAGACGCAUGCGUGCCGCAUCAUCGAUGAGUACCAUACUCGCAGUAGAACCUCGACUGAGUACAUCCAUGGGCCGCGCGGCGAGCUGACGGUGUACCACGAGGGAGUGGUGUAUCAGUUCGCCUGCAACUACGACGAGGCAUCGCCAGAGGAGAUUGACGAGGCUCUCUGCAGAACCUCUGCCGAGCUUCGAGGCAUCAACGCAGUCAAUCAGUCCCGAGCCCGGAUCAGCACGGCUUUGAUGACCAUAGUCGACUACAAGGGCUUCCGCAUUGUGGCCUUCGCCGACAUGGGACUGGACGAGAGGGUGACCCUCGUUCACAGCAUCGGAUCUCGAUGUCCCAAGAUCGACGAGCGGGUCGCCGAACCCCUGUCGGCUGUUGCGCGCUUUGCCAAUCUCAAGACCCACGUCGUCAAUGUCGACGAUGAGCGACGCAUUUCCGUGCACGGUUCAGCUUCGAUGGAGGCCCACGCCGACAAGACUGGCCGGCAUCUCUACGCCGUCAACCUGCACGAGCUGUUUCCGAUGGACUUUGGCGAUUCGGCUGAGGGCAGCGUAGGCCCCAAAGGCGGAUCCUUGGCCCCUUCGUCUGUAUCCAACGGCGAGCUCAACACCGCCGUCGCCCGACCUGACAGCAAGAAGCGGUUCCGUCCAGAGUUUGUCAAGGCGUACCAAGCCGAGCUGGCGAGCGACGCUUUGACCGAAAAGUCGGGUUCGGGCCGACGCGAGCGAGAGGUCAACGAUGGCGAAGCCCUCAGGGCGGCCAAGUAUCUGCGCGAGAACUGGGUUCCGGCCUUUGUGAGGAAACUGGACGAGCUCGAGGUCCGGCCGAUCGAUUCGCAUAUGCUCGUGACGGAGAUGCAUCGCUACGGAGUCAAUGUACGGUACCUUGGCAUGAUUGCGCGAAUUUCCACCCUGCCCUGCAUCCGCGAGAUGGCCACGAUCGAGAUGGCUGCCCGGGCCUCCAAGGCUUUGUUCCAGAGCCGAGUUCGCAGCGCCAUCGCCCACUUUCGAUCCGUUGGCGCCACCCAGAUCGACGAAGAGAUGAAGGGGUACGUCGCAACCAUGUUCCAGCUCCUUCUUGGCGUGGGCGACAAGACGCGCAAGUUUUUUGAUGAAAAGCUGCGAAACGAGAUCGAACACAAGUUUGAGUACGACAUGGACUUUCAUGAAUACACCGUGCUCCACCGCCCUGCGCUAUUCCUGGCGAUGCAGUACCAUUGCGGCGUCCAGUUCGAAGACUCGCUCGACUACGACUUUGACAACAUCAGCUGCAUCGCCCGUCAUCGCCUUGUCUCCUUUGCGCCGCGAGCCAAGUCCGUCAAUGGUCUGCCCCAGACAUCCGAGACCAAUCCCAACUUCACUGAGGACGAGCGCAUGGCCUACUUCCUGGCGCGGCACUUUAAGGCCAUCGGCAGCUUGAAGCGCCUCGGCAAGUCUGACGCCAGUGCGCUGGCUCUGAUCCAGGUGGCUACUCACUACCUGAAGACGGGCCGGUUUGAAGAAGCCAAGCUGUACGCCAGCAGCGCCACCUCGGCGGCCUCCAAAAACUCGGCGCUGUGGGGCCUGUCUCAGGGAGUUCUCAUCGAGGCCAUGAGCCGCGUGCAGUCCAACCCUUCGAGCGGCCCGGACACUCAGAUUCUCUCGGUCUACUCCAAAGCCCUGGCCAAUGUGCAGUGGCACUGGGGCAAAGUCCAUCCGAUCACUAUGGCUUUGCACGACCGCAUGGCCACCUGCUACAUGACAGCGAAAAAGUACCAGCAGGCUUACGAGUUCCACUGCAUCAGCAUGGAGAUUGCCCUCAAGUCGCUGGGCAAGCACCACAGCGUGACGGCAGGAUAUCUGACGGUGUCGGGAGUCUAUCUCAACCACCUCAAGCAAACCGAGGAUGCCACCAAAAAGCUUAACGAGGCCCUCCACAUCUAUCUGGGACUACGCUCGGAUGCCACGCUGGUCUCAGAGGUCCGCCACCACCUCGCCGAGUGCCUUGCGGCCCAGGGCGAUCUGGACGGGGCGAUCGAGAACUCGCGCAAGUCCAAGAAGCUCCGAGAAAAGUGCUUUGGCCAGCUGGACGCCCGUUCGGUCGAGUCGUAUCGCCAGCUCUCGCGGCUGGUUCUGCAGCCCUAUCAGAACUACAAGGGCGUGGUCACCCCGCAGAUCCGCCAGGCUUACCGCGAUGCCAUCAGCUGCCACGAAAAGACAUUCAGGUACCUCAAGACCCUUCGCCCACCGGGUGGGUCCGGAGGAAGCUCCUCGGCCUCGGACACCAUCUCGCUGCGGAGCGGCAAGGCUUCGAUGGUGUCGCUGCCGUCGACGAUUGCCUCGUACACGGCCGCGAGCCACUCGGUCACGGACGACUCCAUGAACGGCUGCGACACCCUGUUUGGUCCCAAGGCCAGCCUCCUGUUUGGCGGCCCGCUGGUUGCAGCGCCCUUUGCCCCGCUGACGCCGCUGCCCAAGAACUUGCUGCAUGUGUUGAUCCGCCAGAUCGUCGCGCUCAAGCUCAAGCUCGUCGAGAACCCGCACCACAAGGAAGUCGUUCGGAACCUCCGCAUGAACCCGCAUGCCGUCGAGACUGGGGAGGCCCGCGGGGUCAUCCUGCAGCUGGCUGCGGUCAGCCCAUCGGUGUAUCUCGACGGGGUGUUCCAGCGCAUCGACGACGACGACGAGUGCGCCGUCCAGGAACUUGCCAUCGUCCUCGCUCUCACUGAGAAGGAGACCGUUGGACUGGCCUGAGAUGUCCUCGAGACAAACACCGCGAUCGAUGGAUGCUGAGCGGGUGCCCAAGCGGUCCCGCCCGUCGACAAACCAGAGUCGAUAGACGUAGAUUCUACAGAUUGUAGUCUUGUGAGGCCGGUUCCAUGACUGUGCUCACAUUUCCUUCCGCAACUGUUUGACACUUUGUUUCUCUCUCAUUACAGGCAAUCCAAUAAAAAAGGGGACACCCGGG